ACUGUAGACAGCCACCUGUUCAUACCUGUCUGCCUCUAUAGGGGGGCCAAAUGGAGCGUUGGAGGUUGAGCUUACAGGCCAGCAUGUUUCAGUUCAUGCUGUUCACUACUCUUCUGCUGGAUUUAUCCGCAGUGUCCAACACAGCUGUUCUAGUACGGGAUGGAUCCUCUGUGACUUUGCUCUGCAAAAACCCUAGCAUGAGUAAUGCUUGCUGGAGCAGAACAUGUAAUGGGUUUUGGUGCGUUGAACCAAUAGUGGAGGUAUCAGGACCUGACAUUUUUGGCCCGACACACCCUGACAAAUAUAGUCUCAGAGGAGACCUGAGCAUUGGAGAGCUAGACCUCACCCUUUCAAAUGUGAAGCCAGCAGACGAUGGGACCUACUGCUGCAUGACCAGUGCAUCACCAAACUCAAUGACCUACCAUCUGAAAAUAGUUAAUGGUUGUGUGAGGGAGCUCCUGGAAGAUGUUUGUUUCAUUUAUAAUGACAUUAAGCACUUUGCAAGCCCAAAUGCAAACCAAUGUCAACAGAGCUGCACCCAACUUGAUGCCUGUCAGUAUUUCACAUAUAUUCACAGUCGACAGGAGUGCUAUCUGAAGGGCUCAGCUGGUGGCAGGGCAAUGAAUGUGAUACACUUAGAAGACAGAGUUUCAGGCUACACCCUUAAAGACUGCAAGGAAAAAGGAAAGAAAACUGUAAGCAUGGUGAAGAUGUUUCUGAAAGUACCUCUGGGAGUUGACCUCAAUGACCCUCUGGUGAAAGAGCAAAUUCUCACACAGAUACAGGCAGAGAUCGCCCAGACAGAUGGAGGUGCAUCUGUGCGAUGGAAGGAGCAGUCGGAUGGAAAAGUCUUCCAAAAGAAAGAGCAAGAGGAGAGAAAGAAAGAACGACAGUGUGUAAAGAAGUCACAGGAAUGCUGAGUGAGACUCCUACAGGGGACAAAGUGGACUUCAUUUAUUUGAAAGAGAAAUUAAAUUGUUGACAAAGACUUUCUUCUAAUUGUUCUGCUUUAUCUGAAAUGUUAACUCAUGUUCAAAGAGUUGUAGUAGGCACAACAGGGUAUGCUGAUUUGUUGAUCAUAAUCUGUUCAUCAAAGUUGAAGCCUUCAUUCUUUUCAUGCUUUAUUUAACCAUGAUCAGUCACUUUGAGAUCUCUUUUUCAAGUGAGCCCCGGGAUUAAUGUAGCAAUGUGUAACAAAGCUAAAUAUCCCGAUUCAAUCAAAGCUACAAACCAGGCUUCUAGGGGAGGAGAACAACAACCUAUUUACUGUAUGAUGAGAAACAAUGAUUGAUUUAAUAUGCAAUAAGUACAACUUUUUAUUUCACUUUAAACACAGAGCUUUGAAUGUGUGAAUUCAAGUAUGUUUACAGGGCAAAACAAGGGUGUCUGAACCUUAUUGAGUAUGGGCUAAGUGUGUGCUAAACAAAUGUUCUAAAGAUAAUUAUAUUUGAAAACGCAUACAAUAUCAACAUUCCAGACUAAGUUAUGUCAAACUAUUUAAACUGUUCACAUUAGAUAUGCAUAAUUGUCGCAGUGCAACAAAUAACUUCCACAUGGUAUUUUCUCUUCACCGAAAACAUGGUGACUCUGACCAUGUUGACCUUAUAGACCAUAACUGGUCAAGUGUUGUUAUUUUAGUAAGUUAAAGAUAAGUUUCAGUAUAGUUUUGUUUGUCAAACCUUGCCUUGUUAAUUGUUUUAUUUCAGUUUACGAAAUAGUUUUUUCAUGAUUCGUUUUCGUGUUAGUUUGCUGUAAUAAUCUUCUUCCACACAGCUUUGAUCAUCAUGCAGCUCGCUCGGGCCGAGUAUGGGGCAGGUCCUUUCCAGGUCUCCCAGUGGAGGCCGGAGGCCCAGCCGAUGUGUUCGCCGGUGGGGUGCCAGUCUCCGUUCAGGCUGGCAGAGCCACAGCAACUGUACCACCACCCUCCUCCUCCCUCCGAGAAGCUGCACGUGUUCUCGGAGAUGUCUCCAAAGAUGCAGGGUGAGCAGCCGUCAUUGUCCUUGUCGGUUGUGCUGAAGCCAAAGCCAUUCUGGUCAAUGCCGGGAUAUUUCCCAUGAAUGGCGUCAAGGAGUGAUGCAGAGAGAAGAGACAGGGAGAGAUGCAGAGAGAAUACUUCAGUUCUAAUUCACUCUUGAUUAUAUUGACUGCCAAAGGACCAUUUAAGACACCAUUUAAGAAUAUCAACCCAGAAUACAUAUCAUAUGACAUAUGUGAUGUGUAAUGGUCCCAUUGCUGCCACCAAAUGUGAAAUAACUAUAACACUGAAGUACAUAAUAUGACCACCGUUACCUGCAUUGCCCCUGUAGGCUCCAACGUUCAGCUUGUAGCUCUCCUCCUCCGUGCCCAGACGGAAGUCACUGUACUCAGCGAAGGCAGUGCCCCCUUCAAAGUCCACAGAUCAACCCGCAUGGUCGAUCUCAGCCCCCAACCCCCCUUGGUUAGAGCAAACACCUUACUCAGACCCAGCCAGUGGUCCUCUAGGAAACAACAGCAAAGAGAACUGAAUUGAGAAGUGAAAAAUGUACUUAACAUAAAUCCACUGCAGCAUGCGGAACCCUCUAUGAUAGGUUGACUUAGAAGUAAACACGAGCAUUACAAACAAAUGCAUUUCAAUGUUUUCAGUAUCAGUUGCUGGUGGAAUGUGAGGUGCUCAGAGGGACCAUUCCUUACUCUGUAGAUUUCCAAAGCCUUAUUCGUACUUGGCCCACUUCCUGUUGAAAAGAACCUCUGCCACAGAGCGCCUCUGAAAGACUGUCCAGCCUCCGUCCGCAAGCAUUUCACAAAACACCUGUACACAAUAUCAAUGUACUUUUGAAUCAACAAUGUUUUUGACAAGUUGUUUGUUGUGAACAAAACGGUCCAAGAAUGGAACCCUGUGGAACUCCAUUACCUCGUGCAAGCCUGGCAACACCUUCAACAUUCUAUAGCUAAGCUUUUACCGCCCCUUUGUUGUUGUGUAACCAAAUUACAAUAGUAGAUAUUAGUGAUGCACCAAUAUGAUAUCUUUGGCUGAUACCGAUAUUUUCCUUGCCAAAAGAAAUUAUACCGAUAACCAAUAUUUAAAAUUUUAGCGGCCUUUUAAGCAUUAUGUCAGGAUUUGGCCAGGGUUG